CUGGCGGCGGGCAGCUUGCUAGGAGAGGAGCCGGCUCGGUCCGCCUAAGGCAGAGCCAUGGGGGUGCUGAUGUCCCGGCGGCAGACGGUGGAGCAGGUGCAGAAGGUCAGCCUCGCCGUCUCGGCCUUCAAGGACGGGCUUCGGGAGCGGCCCGCCGCCAAGCGACAGGCCGAGGGGGCGGCCAGCCGCCGCGGGACCCUGGAGGAGGACGCCGUGCAGGAGCUCCGCGAGGAGGAGGCAGCGGCAGCGGCAGCGGCGGGGGGGCCCUCGCGGCAGGGGGGCGGCGGGGCCGGGAAAGCCGCCUGGGAAAGACUGCGGGACGGCCGCGGCGUGGAGCCCGAGGAGCUGGACCGGCCCGGCUGCUUCGUGCCCCCGGUCCUUGUCCGCCCCCUCCGGGAGCCGCGCGAGGAAGAGCGGCUGGAGGUCAGCCUGGAGCAGCGAGAGCAGGUGGCCAACGAUGAGAUGUGUGAGGUGUGCGAGGUGUGGACAGCAGAGAGCCUCCUGGCCUGCCGGGUGUGCACCAGGGUCUACCACGACGGCUGCCUGCAGCGCAUGGGCCUGCUCUCCCGGGACGGGGCCUCGGAGGCCAUCGAGGCAGCCCACUCCGCGGUCGGCUGGAGCUGCUACCACUGCGAUAACCUCAACUUGCUGCUCACCGAGGAGGAGAUGGACUCCCUCUCCAGCACUUUCCACCAGUGCAACAUGAUGCCCGAGAGCAGCCUGACCCUGGAAGACUUCUUGCGCUACAAGGGCCUGGCCGGGCCGCCCGGCAGCCUGAAGGAGGAGGCCCACCACACCCUGCAGUUUGCCGCCCUGGACCCCGGGCAGAGAGGCCUCAUCGCCUGGGCGGACUUCCUCUCCCACGAGUCCCUGCUGCUCCUGCAGAGAACCCGCACACUGGAGGGGCUGCUGCACCUACUGACGGGCAAGGAGAGGGAGCGGGCACGGGAGGCCUUCCUGGCGCUUGACCAGCACAGGGACGGGCUCAUCAGCCAGGGUGAGAGCCAGCGCUCCCAGCAUGCCUGGUUCCGAAAACGGCAUCGGGGGGCACCCUCCCGCAGUGCCAGCCUCAGCCCAGUGAGCCCCAUCCCCAGAAGCGGCACCAGCAGCCGAGCGCAGGAGGGCGGAGAGCUGCUCAGACAAGAGCAAGGCGAACCAAGCAGAACUGUCACCUGGCCAGCCUUUUUGAGAGAAAGCACGGUCUACAUUCUUGCUGCCCGGCCCAACAGCGCUGCCAUCCAUCUCAAGCCACCGAUGUAAGGUCGUUUGGCCUGGAGCCAGAGGAAGGCAAAAAAUGUCCCUGGUCAGAUGGGACAAAGGAAAGAGCUACCUUGCCAUCGUGAUGCAUACUGGCCACCCCAAAGUGCUGGAGACCCCUGGGAGCUGUAUCCUGUGCCAGGACAAUUGCAGGGGUGCCUCUCUUUGCCCACCGGGCCCUGACAUCCUCCAGUCUCUCUCUCCCAUCAUGGUCCAUGAGCAGGUGACUGGAAUGCGGGCUGAAUGGGAGAGGGACACUUUUUCAUCAAUGGCUUUGGCAUUCUUUCUGGUGAGCCACAUGGCAAAGCAAUGUCCAGGUUUCUUCCCUUUCCCAUUUGGUUUUGCUGUUUGUUUUUUUCUGAUCUGCCAAAAGGAGUCUGAAUUCAAAUAUCCCAACAGCAUCCUAGCUUCUGUUUAGGUAAAGCAAAAUUCAAGCAUCCAUCAGCCCACUCCUCCUCACA